CAAGUAUUUGUUUUGCUGCCUUGUUCCCUGUUUGGGAGAUGCAAGCACUAUCAAUACAUAAAAUCCUCAAUUGAUUGAACCGAGUAUUUUUUGGACGAUUCUGCAGAUCUGUCCUGCCUGUGUCCGCAUUUUAACCAUCAAGCACAUAAACACCCCACGAAGGCCGAUCCUGGAUUUUCUUGACUUGACUGUUGUCGUCAUUUCGCGUUUAGACUUUUUAGUCCGCCGAGCAUCUUUCGGUGACAGUGCCUACUUUUCUCCGCCAACCGAUAGCACGUACUACUGACCGCAGUGAGACCUUCGCGUCAAUCUCGCGACCCUUCUCGCCAUGGCGAGCUUCAUUGGCACCCUUUUCCCUACUGGGAAGCAGGAACGGACUGAGCGCCCGGGAACGCCCAAUCGCAACAGCUUCGUCAACCCGGCCAGCACUCCCCAAGGAAGUCCCAGCAAAAAGACCGUCCCUCCCGGUGCAAACGAACUACCCAACGCUCUGGAGGGCAUGAAGCUCAUACCGCCAGUCCUCGAUCCAUCCAUCAAGCUCGGCCGGCCACAGAGCGUCGUGACCCCUCUAUCACCCGGCCGAAACAAUGUGCAAGCCACGGACGAGUCCGUCUUCGUCGACGAUAGCGUGCUGCAUAAAUCGACAGCCGCCCCCGGAGCGCAUAUGAUGAAGCACGGCCAAGAGAACACCCCUCCACCAUUGAGCUCUGCACGAGCUGGUGGCGGGCUCAAUAUCGCUCAUUCCAACACAGACCAGCAGGCCGCCCCUAGCCACAGCCAUGCUGCCGUGUCUCGUCACGAGCACUAUCUUCGGGAUAGACCGACGACGCCAGCCACGAGACGAUUUAACACAAACCGUGGCCUGACGCCAGAGGAGCUGGAGAUCUUAAAGAAGCCAAGCAUUAAGAGGCUUGUCAAUGUCACACAGCUUUAUUUCCUGGACUAUUAUUUCGAUCUUCUCACCUACACCGGCGCUCGCCAGAACAGACUGGCCGCUUUCAAGGCGGAGUACCCGCCCCCACCAGAGACAGAUGAGGAGACAUACGCAGCAAUGUGGCACAAGUAUACGGGUCGCGAGCGCGCGAACCUGCGGAAGAGGCGUGUCAGGCUUCGGCAGGGUGACUUCCAGAUCCUCACCCAGGUAGGCCAAGGUGGCUACGGUCAAGUAUUUUUGGCACAGAAGAAAGAUACGCGCGAGGUUUGCGCACUCAAGGUCAUGAGCAAGAAACUUCUCUUCAAACUCGACGAGGUUCGCCAUGUCUUGACUGAGCGCGACAUCCUGACUACUGCCAAGAGUGAAUGGCUGGUCAGACUUCUCUACUCUUUCCAGGACGAUAAGAGUAUCUACUUGGCGAUGGAAUAUGUGCCCGGUGGAGACUUCCGCACACUUCUUAACAACACGGGCGUUCUCUCAAAUCGGCAUGCUCGCUUCUACAUUGCCGAGAUGUUCUGCUCCGUGGAUGCUCUUCAUCAGCUAGGAUACAUCCACAGAGAUCUCAAGCCAGAGAACUUCCUCGUUGACUCGACAGGACAUGUCAAACUCACAGAUUUCGGACUGGCUGCUGGAGUGUUGGCGCCCGGAAAGAUCGAGUCGAUGCGGUUACGGCUUGAGAAAGCCUCGGAGACCUCAGUGCCCUUUGGGAAGCCGAUGGACCAGCGCACAAUAGCCGAGCGACGAGAAGGCUACCGGUCUAUGAGGGAUAGGGAUGUCAACUAUGCCAAGUCGAUUGUCGGCUCACCAGACUACAUGGCACCUGAGGUACUGCGGGGCGAGGAAUACGACUUUACUGUGGACUAUUGGAGUUUGGGAUGCAUGCUGUUCGAGGCACUCACCGGCUUCCCCCCAUUCGCGGGUGCGACGGCAGAGGAGACCUGGCGCAACCUGAAGCACUGGAAAGAGGUCCUAAAGCGCCCCGUGUGGGAAGACCCCAACUACUUCCUCAGUAACCGGACCUGGGGCUUUAUCACAACGUGUAUCAACUCGCGCUCGAGGCGCUUUGCCAACAUCCGGGACAUCUACGCCCACCAGUACUUUGCCGAGGUCGACUGGGAGACUCUGCGCGAAACCAAGGCGCCUUUCGUACCGGAACUCGACUCGGAAACCGAUGCCGGUUACUUUGACGACUUCAGCAAUGAGGCAGACAUGGCCAAAUACAAGGAGGUGCACGAGAAGCAGCAGGCACUAGAGACCAUGGCAGAGCGUGAUGAUGAAAUGGGCAAAUCACUGUUUGUUGGCUUCACAUUCCGCCACCGCAAGCCUCAGGGAGAAGAAAGUAGCAGCCCACGAAAGCCUUUGACAGCAGACACAUUCCAGGCAGAGACGUUCGGCACCAUGCUGUAGGGACAGCAAAAGAGCUCAAAAACUACACAGCAGCACUGGCCAGGCGGCCAGCAUCAAGAUCGGCACUCUCAGCCACCACAUUCUCACCACCUCCGUCACUCACAAUACAAUGGUGACUUGGAUGACAGUCGUUGCAGCGGGUUGGCGGAAGACUACUACCCCGACCACAUGGAGGUGAGCUACUAUGGCGACUACGGGAGUACCAGUAGCCGAAUGACAGACAUGUCCCUCUUUGGGCGCGUUUGCGAUAAGGUCACUGAGCGCCGGUCAUAUGGGCACCGCAUAUAUCGUGACCAACACAAGGCAGAACAGACGGCUUUCCGUCUGACAAAGCGAUGAGCAUUGACGAGGACGUCAUUUGGGGAUGGAAGCGGUCACAGAUGUUCCUAGCCAUCAAAGUCAGAAGAUGAAAGGGGGCCCGCCUUUUCAACUUUGGUAGGAAUUUGUCUUGCCCUGCCCAAAAGCCCUUUUAAGUCUGGGUUAUUUUAUUUUCUACAUCCAUUAGCCUGUCCAACGCAUUGGUUCUCAUCCAGUCAAUCAUGCAUCUUCUCUCCUUUUUGUCUUGAGUUUACCCCUACCAACUAUCAAUUGCAUGUUUGGGAUUGAACGUUUUUUUUUUUAAUGUUUUUGUCGGGAUGGGUUUAUGUAAACAUGGCGAACUGGUCUUUAUCCUUCGGUUGCGUCAAUGGGAUAUGAGAGCAUAGGGUAAUGCGGCAAUACCGCUAAAUCAUCUUGUGUAUUGGAAGCCUUGGCUUAUUUUGUUUUUACUGCCUCAUUUGGCAUUCGAUCGUGUCCCUGGCUUUUCUUUUAUGAAAAAAUCAGGGAUGCCAGGGGGGGAUGCCGGUAAUACACAUUGUGUUAGAUCAAGUAAGGGACAUUUGAUAAUAUGCUAUUCAGACUGACUCCAUCAGACAAAAAGAAGAAGAUACCCUCUCUGGAAUUUCAAGUCGCCGCAAGCCGGUAACACUCAG